GGUCCACGCCCACUGCAAGCCAACACGCGGUAGACCUAGCAGCAACGAACGUAAACCGAUUAAACUCAACAAUUUUAAUGUGUUAGUUGAUGUCAAGCAUUUAAUUCACCCAGGAUAUAAUCAUUUUAUGAAGUGAAUUGUGUUUCUCCACAGAAUAGUAAAUGUUCGAUUCGAUCUUUAUGUUUGUGAGCAACUGCGCAGCGUAGCCAUAACGAAAAAACGAGCGCAGACGUGAUCUAAUUUCACUAUGAACCCCAGAGCUAAUUUUGUCAUAAUGGCUCUCAAGGAGAAUACAAUUAAUUUUGAACUUGAUACAGAUACUAGAAUGGCAGCUCAGUGUUUACUCGCUAUGUCAAACAGAGAAAAUGAUCAUACGUAUGUAUUGACUUGUGAUCCACCAAAUAUUGGUGAAACGGAAAACGAACAUGAAAUCAAGCAAGAAUGUUACGAAGAAGAGAACCAAGGACACAAUCGUUACGGGGACUUCUUGCCAGGUGGAGAUUGUAUGAAUGCAAAUUUAGUUGCACGAAUAUUGACUGAUCUCAAAACAUUUAAGCAAGAUAAUAACUACCAUGAAGAUUUUAAUAUCAAUGUUACUGGGUCCAGUUCUUUCGCCUCGUUCGAAAUUGCAUCGAGCACGAAAAAUGGAGCGACCACGCCUACUCUCGACCGAAGACUUAUGGAUGAUGCUUAUGUUAAAGCCAACAGUAUUCAUGGGAAAAAAAUUCAUAUGUGUAUACACCCAGGUUGUGGGAAAUCGUACAAUAAAAGUUCUCAUUUGAAAUCUCACAUUAGAACACAUACAGGUAAGUGCCAUAUAUUGCGUGACCCCUAUUUCUAUUUUCAUCAGACGCGCCAUUUUCUUUGUUUGGCCUGAACUGUCGGGCAUCAGCACACACAUGUAGUGUAGGCCUAUCUUUUUAUGGUACUGGGUGAGGGUCAAGGUUGUUUUUUUCCUUUAUUAGUCUUGUUGAGAAAUCCUUUUUAUCCAGUAUGUGGUGUGUCCUGGGACAGAAUCUAUAAUGUAUGGAGCUAUCGUGGUAUUAAUUUAAUAAUAUUUAUAUUAACAUUAACUAAAUUUUUAGCCUAAUUCACUGAUUGUCAAUUAUAAGUUAUAAGUCACUCCUAACAUGAUUAUUUUAGGUACACUAAAACAAGUAGAAAAAUAAUAAUAUAAAAAUAUGUGAAUGUCAUUAUCAUUUAAUAAUGUCACCCUAUAAGAGUAAGUCUGAAUAAGAAUUGUUAAACACCCUGCCCCUAUGGCCUAUAUAUUAAUAUAUAUGUAACUAUGACUAUAAUAGUCUAUUAACCACUGAUAAUAAAAUGAAUGGCCCUACUGCCCUACAUACUAACAUUAACUUAGUCUACUAAUUCCUUUUUAAAAUCAUUAAAAAAAAUUCUUAUUCCCAAUGAGUAUGAGCCUAAUGAAAAUAAAUGAGCAUGACAUUGACAUUCGCUUGGCAAGUUAUAGUUGAAAGUAUUAAAAUAAUAGGCCCGAACCCCAUUGCCCUAUUAUAUAAUAGGGUAUCAUCUAUGCUAUGACUAUAUGUCAUGCUCAUUUAUUGUCAUUAGUAUUAGACCUAGAGGACUAGGCUUGUGUUAUACAGUUCUAGAUUGUUCUCUUUUUCUUUAGGCUGUGACUGUUUCUAAUGAAUAGUUAUAUAUAUAUAUUUAUUAAUAACCUGGCCUUAGUUUAAUUGAAAAAAAACACUAAAGAAAAUGCCUAUUGCUAAUUGUAAUUACUAUUAACUAUCCCUUAGUCUUAGGUUUAUUGAAGAGUAAGUUGUAGUCCUAAGACUAGGUGAUUUAAAUUUAAUAAAGCUGGAAACUUUUUAUGGUGGUGUUGUUAAUAUUCAGGCCUAACAGUGUACAGUUAGUUUAUGAUGUUGGGUGAUAAUAUUACUGUUAUAAUACCACUUAAAUAAGUAAUGUUGCACUCGUUUAAAAAAAAUUAAGUAGAAACUAAAAUGAAAGAUAAGAAAAGGUCCUAGGUCUCCUUAUACUUUUUAUGUCAAGCUUUAAUGUUAUCGUUGAUUUUUUUAAAAUUUAGACAGAUUUUCAUUCAAGAAUUAAAUUAAUUGGUUUACUACUUUGAAAAAAAUGCACCCUUUGUUGCUUUUUUAACAAUUUGCCAUUGAGAAGUAUGUACUACAGUAAUCCUACGUAGAGUCAUUUUUAAAUGAGCGGCUUCCAUUUUAGAGAAAGAUAAUUUUGAUAGUUCUUUAGUAUUUAAAAAAACGCUAAUAAAAUCAUCUUCGGAUGAUAGACUAAGACAAAGUGGCCUUUUAAAAUGUGCUUCUUCUACUUACUCUGCAUGUCCUUAAACCCAAGUAAUACACCGCAGCGACUCGUUUACUAUUUAUUUUAAUUAAUUUUUCCCCAAGUCAUGAACAUGGUAUUUGAUGAGUAAUAUGGGAAUGAAGAUGGUUGAUUUUUUUUUUCUACCUUAAAUUCUUUACCCGCACCCCCCAGCCCCAUUAAUUUCAAAGUAAGUCUAGCAUUUAGUGGUCAGAGCAAGGGUCAUUGUUCAAAGCUAUAGUUAAAGCGUUUUAGUCCUUAGUGGGCGGUAGUUAGAAAAGAUAUGAUUUUAAGAAUUUAAGACAUAUUUCAACUUAUUAUUGCAGGCGUGCAAAUGAAAAUGCUAAUUUUGCCAUCUUUUAAAUUAAAUUUGAAGUGAGUUUGUUAGUUGUUUUUUCUUGUGUUGUUUUGGGGUGGGGGUAAAUACAAAGAUGAGGUCAGGCUGUUUUUGGUAGAUUUAGUAAACCCCCCACACACACCACCAACAUUAUACAUUUUUUCUUGACCCUCCCGUAUAUGCAUGACAACAUUUAUUGGAUCCCCCCCCCCCUCCUCCUUCCUGGAUUUAAAUACCAAAGCAACCAUCAUGUUUACAGUAACAAUGUAAGAAGAGCCACUGCAGUUUCGACCUGCUCGCUUCCCUGUGCUUCGCCUGAUCUUAUAGUUCCUUAGAAAUGUAAUUUCUUCUUGCAAGUCAUGUUCUGUAAUGUUUUUUUUUUUUUUUUAACUACACUACUGGCACCGGCUUAUGACGACAGCAGCCAUCGUCUGUGUUAUAAAACCAGCUGCGUUGUGCCAGGUCACGUCAGUCGAUAGUGGGCGUUGCUUGGUUGCAUCGGCUACCACAACAUGUUGCUAUUUAUUCCUAGAAGAAUAGUAUCAAUAUUUACAGCUAUUACUUCACCUUCCCGGGGAUGGGUUACUUUUUACACUGUUAUACAUGCAUUAUGAUGUAUUUGGAAAUCUGCUGUUGCUGAGAAUUUGAGGCUGUUAGCCAAUUCAAUUAGUAAGCCAAAGUUCGUUAAUUCUCAAAGUCAAAGCAUCUUUAAAGUUUGUAUGCAUUUUGAUUUCGAGAUUACUUGUUUUUUUAUGUUUUUUUUUUUUUUGGUAUGCCAUAAGACAUAAUAAAACACGAAGGCGCUGCUUUUUAUUGAACAACAAGCCAAGGGUCGGGGUCACGCGUUCUUUUGUUAUUGAAGAACCGUGGUGGGCGUGGAGCACACUACCGGUAGAUAUAUCAUAAUAUAUUAUAUAAUAUGUUAACAUUUUAAUGACCCCACUGAAAUGAUUUGACUUUAAAAAAAAAAAGGACAUCAUAAUAUAGGGGGCAUACAUCGUACGUCAGCGCAAAGUUUCUUUAUACCCCUCUCCUAUUAAAGUUAGACGGAAUACGCGGCCCCAGUUUCAACUUGCUCUGUUUUCAAAGCUGAUUCCUUCUCACCCGCCCCUCAGCUGUAUUCAAAUCAGCUGGGCAAGUAGCACGUAGUACCUGGCUCUAUAAAUAGCGAGAUGGCUUUGUUAGUCUUUGUUGGUUCUGUGGGUGAUUCCUCCACCCCUUACCUACCAUUUCACGUGAGAACAUAAUUGAACAUAACAAAAUAUUAAUAAAAAUUUUUUUAACAGCCUUUUGGCUAGUCGGCUUUCAUCCUUUUUUUUUUUAUCCACCUAUUGACCCUCGUUAUUAAUAAUUAAAGAUCCAUAACACAGCUAUCAAGUUUUAAAGACAUUUUCCCUGUGUGGCGCAUGCAGCAUCAAUUAAAUAAUUAGAUUACAUGGAUUAUAUAAAGACUCACAAAUACCACAAAUAUCUUUUUUCUAUUUCUGUCAACAUUUCGCUUAAAAAUGAAGCAUGUGGCUGGGUUUUUGAAAAAUGAAUGAUAAUUUGUUGAAAUAUUUGUUCGUAGACAUACUUUGACGUAGAAUUUAGCAUCUUAUUCUAAUGUGCUGAUUGUUGAAUUCAUGUUAAUUGGGAAUUUGUUGGCUUUUUUGUUGAUUAGGACAUGCUAAUGUUAAUUGGGGCAUGCAAUCAGUAAGGACGAUUCCCAAAUGGCACAAGCAAAUCAAUAAAAAUAUUUGUAAAAUUUCUUUGCCUUAGUUAAGUUUGAGAGUGUUGCAUCAGAUCCAUCAUUUUAAAUAGGACAGUUUUGUGUUUUGUUGUUGAAUUUGUUCUUCCUAGAGCGGGCCGCAUGUGGCCCACCAGCACCCACUUUGCGACCCGCGAGAUAACGAAAAACUCGUUAUUCUUAUUAUUUUCUUAAUAGCUUUCCCCCUUACCUAUAUUUUUUGGCCCGCACAAGUCAUGUCCUAUUUUUUUUUUGGCACGCACAAGUUUUUCAUAAUGCAUUACGGCCCGCCUUACAUUUUGAGUUGUGCGGGCCUGUCCUAGAGCAGCGGUUAUCAAGCUGUGGGUCAUGACCCCUUUGGGGUGGGGGUCGAACAGCCCUUUCACAGGGGUUGCCUAAGACCAUCGGAAAACACAUAUACUGUACAGUUAUUAAGUAGAAACCAAAAUAAUUUAUGAUUGGGGGGUCGCCACAACAUAAGGAACUGUAUUGAAGGAAUGCAGCAUGAGGUAGGUUCAGUUCCACUGUCCUAGAGUAAUCAUGAUUCAAGAUUAUUUCAUCUAUUUUUUUUUUUUUAGGAGAACGUCCCUUUGAAUGUAACUGGGAUGGAUGUGAAAAACGGUUUGCAAGAUCUGAUGAAUUGACACGUCAUAAACGAACACAUACAGGUAAAAACAAUUGGACAUUUUUUAAAAAGUGUACUUGUAACUAAUUUAAUUUUUAAAAAAUCUAAAUCAUUUUAAAUCCAAUAUGCCCUAUCUUAUUACCAUUGUAUUUUUAUUUCAUAAGUAUUUUUGUUAAGUGUGUCACAUUAUUAAGUACAUAUUUUACCCUAACAUUUAAAAUUGAACAUUAAUAUUACAUCAUUAUGUCAGGACAUAUGUCGUUACUUUAAUAGUAUUUCAAUGUACAAAUUAAUCAAUUAAGAAUGUAUUUUGUUUUUAAUUUUCAGGUGAAAAGAAUUUCAAGUGUCCUAUGUGUGAAAAAAGAUUCAUGCGCAGCGACCACCUGAAAAAACAUGCAAAACGACAUGCUCUUUAUCACCCCAGUAUGAUCCAGUCAGGAGCCAGACAAGCUGUUUCUCCUAAUCAUUUCCAUGGUAACUCAAGGCAAUACCAGGUUAUAACAGAUGACCAGGAUCUCUACAGUGAUGGAACCUCCCAUGAAUCUAAUUCCAGUCCCUCUGCACCACUCUGAAAUUGAGAUUUUUGAUUUGACAAUUUUGCAUCGAUGAUCUUUUUUAAAAAUUUAAUUUGCAAAAGACCCUUUUUAUAAAAAAUAUUCAACCAAGAGUCUUAAAAAAUCCAUAUAUUCAUACAGACUUUGGGGGGUGGG